UCCAAAAAUGUACUCACAUCUUUCCACUUUCUCAAACUCAAUAAUUGGACUAUGUUCUGUUUUUAUGAACAUCAUAUUCUGUCAACAAGUCACACAUUAUUUCUGAUCUUUUUCACCAGUGUCCUCUAGAUAUGGCUAACUCAUACUGACAUAGAACCCAUAUAUGGACAAAGUACAAUUUCCAAAUAGCAUUAUUAUAUCACCAAAGUGUCACAUUUUUGGUCACUCCACUACUACUUGCUUUGACAAUGUUAGGGUUUCAAAUGGGUCAUUGAAGAAACCGAAGUUCUUGCAUUGUAUUAGCCUGCUUAGUUCUGCAAGUACAGCUUGCUUUCAUUGUUUGAUCAGAGGGAAGAGCGUUAAUAAGAGGUCUACUGGUGCAAGUUUUGUUGUGUCGAAGAUGGCUGGAAUUGACGGUAGCACUGCAACUUCAGAUGCCAGAACCGGGAACAUGAUUUUCGAACCUAUUUUGGAGGACGGAGUCGUUCGUUUUGAUUGCUCUGCAGAUGAUAGAAAUGCAGCAUUUCCGAGUUUUUCCUUUGUUGAUCCAAAAGUUAGGGAGACACCAAUAAUGUCUAUCCAUAAAGUUCCUUCAUAUAUUCCUACUUUUGAAUGUGUCAUGGGACAACAAAUUGUUAAAAUUGAGCUUCCACCAGGUACCUCAUUCUAUGGAACUGGGGAGGUUAGUGGUCAGCUCGAGAGAACAGGGAAAAGGAUUUUGACAUGGAAUACUGAUGCAUGGGGUUAUGGUCCUGGAACGACCUCCUUGUAUCAAUCACACCCAUGGGUGCUUGCUGUUCUUCCCGGUGGAGAGACACUUGGAGUUCUGGCAGAUACACAAAAUCGCUGUGAGAUUGACUUGCGACAAGAAUCCAGUAUAAAAUUUAUCAGUCGACAAUCCUAUUCUGUUAUUACAUUUGGCCCAUUUCCUUCACCAACUGAUGUUCUCGUGUCUCUCUCUCAUGCAAUCGGAACUGUGUUUAUGCCUCCAAAGUGGUCCUUGGGUUAUCACCAAUGCCGAUGGAGCUAUGUGCCUGAUGCUCGUGUUCGAGAGAUUGCAAGGACGUUUCGGGAGAAGAAGAUUCCUUGUGAUGUCAUAUGGAUAGACAUAGACUAUAUGAACGGUUUUCGAUGUUUUACUUUUGAAAAGGAGCGUUUUCCAGAUCCAAAGUCCCUUGUGGAAGAACUUCAUCAAUCAGGUUUCAAAGCAAUCUGGAUGCUUGAUCCUGGGAUUAAGUCUGAAAAGGGAUACUUUGUUUAUGAUAGUGGUUCUGAAGCAGAUGUAUGGGUUCAAACAGCAGAUGGCAGGCCUUAUAUUGGUGACGUGUGGCCUGGGCCUUGUGUGUUUCCGGAUUUCACUCAAUCGAAAGCCCGAUCAUGGUGGGCUAACCUAGUUAAAGAUUUCAUUUCCAAUGGUGUGGAUGGUAUAUGGAAUGACAUGAAUGAACCGGCUAUUUUUAAGACAGUAACGAAGACGAUGCCGGAGAGCAAUAUUCACAGGGGAGAUGCUGAAUUUGGAGGUUCCCAGAAUCAUUCGUACUAUCACAAUGUUUAUGGCAUGCUCAUGGCAAGAUCAACCUAUGAAGGAAUGAAGCUAGCUAAUGGAAAUAAACGCCCUUUUGUUCUCACACGGGCUGGGUUUGUGGGUAGCCAGAGGUAUGCUGCUACAUGGACAGGGGAUAACCUUUCUACAUGGGAGCACUUGCAGAUGAGUAUCCCGAUGGUUCUUCAACUGGGGCUCAGUGGUCAACCACUUACAGGACCAGAUAUAGGUGGCUUUGCUGGAAAUGCAACUCCUCGGAUGUUUGGGAGGUGGAUGGGUGUUGGUUCCCUAUUUCCCUUUUGUCGUGCACAUUCGGAGGCUGACACAAAUGAUCACGAGCCUUGGUCAUUUGGGGAAGAGUGCGAGGAAGUUUGUCGCUUGGCAUUGGAGCGUCGCUACCGUCUUUUACCACACAUUUACACGCUCUUUUACUUGGCACACACGAGGGGUACUCCGGUUGCUGCUCCUAUCUUUUUUGCUGAUCCAAAAGACCCUGAGUUAAGGAAAUAUGAGAACUCAUUUUUGCUGGGACCAAUUCUCAUAUAUGCAAGCACUCAGCGUGAUGAGGAAUUGGGUACAGUUCAUCACAAACUACCAAGAGGCAUUUGGUUGAGUUUUGAUUUUGAUGAUUCACAUCCGGAUUUACCUGCACUAUAUUUGCGUGGUGGAUCAAUCAUCCCUGUCGGUCCGCUUUAUCAGCAUGUGGGUCAAGCUAAUCCUAGUGAUGAUUUGACAUUACUCAUCGCCUUGGAUGAAAAUGGUAAAGCUGAAGGUCUUCUUUUUGAAGAUGAUGGUGAUGGAUAUGAAUAUAGACAAGCUGGAUACCUUUUGACAACAUAUGUCGCUGAGCUUCAGGCUUCUGUUGUUACUGUGCAAAUCUCCAAAAUAGAAGGAAAAUGGAGAAGGCCAAACCGCCGGUUGCAUGUUAGGGUAUUGCUUGGUAAAGGUGCUAUGCUUGAUGCUUGGGGUUCUGAUGGAGAGAUUAUACAAUUAGCAAUGCCAUCAGAAACUGAUGUAUCAAAUUUGGUAUCUGCAAGUGAAGAGAAGUACAGAAAUUGUCUGGAAAGUGCGAAACGUAUACCAGACGUGGAGACUGUCUCUGGACACAAAGGAGUAGAACUUUCAAGGACCCCAGUUGUUCUGAAGAGUGGUGAUUGGGAGCUGAAAGUGGUUCCUUGGAUAGGUGGUAGAAUCCUUUCUAUGGACCAUAUUUCUUCAGGGACUCAAUGGCUUCAUAGCCGGGUGGAAAUAAAUGGGUAUGAAGAAUAUAGUGGCCGUGAUUACAGAUCAGCCGGAUGUACUGAAGAGUAUUCAGUUGUUGAACGAGAUCUGGAACAGGAAGGAGAGUCAGAGUCUCUUAAGCUGGAAGGUGAUAUAGGUGGAGGAUUAGUUAUGGAACGAUACAUAUCUUUGCCAAAAGACAACUCCAAGGUUUUCCGCAUUGAUUCUGGAAUUGUAGCUCGCGCAGUUGGUGCUGGAUCUGGAGGAUAUUCAAGGCUUGUCUGCUUGCGUGUGCAUCCAAUGUUCACGUUGUUGCACCCAACGGAAUCAUAUGUGUCCUUUACCUCCAUCAAUGGAUCUAAACAUGAACUUUGGCCAGAAUCUGAAGAACAAGUGUUCGAAGGAGAUCUUCUCCCAAAGGGUGAAUGGAUGCUUGUUGAUAGAUGUCUUGGUCUUGGAUUAGUCAAUCGGUUCAACAUUGAUCAAGUAUACAAAUGUAUGGUGCAUUGGGGUACAGGAACAGUGAAUUUAGAGCUCUGGUCUGAAGAGAGGCCCGUCUCAAAGGAAUCACCUCUUAAAAUAUCUCACGAGUACGAAGUGCAAAAGAUAGCCUAAACUCUCACCUGCAUUGAUUCGCUUAUCAGACACAUGGCCGAGUAAUUCAAUGUGCAUUUUCUGGGCUUGAAGAACAGUUGACAUUUUCACUAGCUAUGUAGAUUGUGUAAAGACAAUAAAAAUGAUGACUUGACGUCAUCCUCACCUACCUCCGGCUUAUUAUUGGAAGUCUAUUCAGGGUUUCAAACUCAGUGAUGUAACUAAACACGACUAAAUAGAGUUUUCCGAGAAAACCUUUCUAGUCGGGGAAGACCUCCUAGGAAUAAGAGACAGAAGAUUGCCAAAGGAGGACGUUGUGUAUGGUCCUGGUCUGUUAUUAGUUUGGGUAUGUAGACCAAACAAUUACAUUAACGCAAGCCUUCUGCUAUAGUUGAUAAUUUCACUGGCUAUGCAGGUGGCAUAAAGACGAUAAAAGCCUCCUGCUACAGUUGAUAUUUUCACUAGUUACUUAGAUGUCAUAAUCACAAUUAAAAGCCUCCUAGUUUGUAAUC